AUGGAUGAGGAUGCUGUAAACGGCGGGCACCAUAUGGUGGGCGACGCUAUCAGAUCUUCUCCUUCUAAUGACUCGCCCUUCAGUUCGCCAGCGCAAACUCCUUCGAAUGCCCUCCAUAACCGCGGACCAAGGAUGAUGCCACGGACAUCCUCGAUCGAUUCCGCAAUUUCCUCUAUAUCGUCCGCAUCUCAUUCACACAAUUCCUCGAUCGACCUGAACUCUUUGAAACCGUCCGAUAUUAAUAAUAUAAUUACAGCAGCUGGUUCUGCUGAAGCAGUGAUUCUACAUCUGCUUAAGGAUAGGCAACAUGCAAUCGCGCGGAAUGACCAACUCUGGCGACUGCUCGAGAAACAGCGUGCUCUUGUGUUAGGGUUAAAUAACGAUCUUGAACGUGCCAUAAAGGACAAGGAUCGAUACAGGAAGAAGCUGAAAGAAUUGCAAAGUCAACCGCCACCCUUACCAAGCCACAGCCAGCAGUCUUUGCCCUUGAAGGAAGCGACGUCGAAAGAUCAGAAGUCGAAUGCGACUAUCGUUAUGGACGUUCCACCCCAGCAGAAUUCAGUUGGCUCGCCUCAGGAUGACUCAACCCCUAUUGAAGACUCGACUGAAAGUGUUCCGGAGCCAGCACCACUCUCCGUUUCGCAUUCAAACAAAGAUGUAGAACUUGAAGCUCUUGAAAAUAAUGUUGUCCUUCCAACUCAAUCACGCGGCUUUCCUACAGGAAAUGCCAAUCAAUUCGCGUCAGGAUCGCAACACACCCAUGGUCCCCCUGAAUUACCGCCGCCAAAUCGCAAACCCCCCCCUGCCCCUCUCAAUCUCAGCCAUAUGGGGCGCCGCAGCUCUCCCAUAGACCCGCAUGCAUUUCAGAAUUCCGACUCGGAGCACGAGGAUGUCGACAGAGGGCGAAGAAGAACAAGGGAAGAUGAUGAUAAGGAACGUGAAGCUGCUGCCUUCCGCGAACAGGAAGCUCGCAGUAGGUCGAAAAAGCAGACAUCAGAACCUUCAUCUGGCGAGCAAGCAUCAUUUCCUGCUGCCCCCGGCGCACUUCCCUCUAGCCCCAGAAAGAUUGUUGCACAGUCUCCUUCGCAAAUGGCUGGUGGACAAUUUGUUGCGACAGAAUCUCUGGCAGCCAUUAUCAAUGCGAAAGAAUUGGAGCCUAUGCCACUAGCGGAUCGAAGGGGAAUGUCCCCCCCUUCUGGUUUACCUUUAAGUCCUCGGCCUGGAGACCGUCCCCUGGGAUCUCCUCUUCCAAGACAACCUAGGGAAGGAACAGGUAUGUCCUUCUCGCCGCCGAUGUCACCAAGAGGCACUGUCACGCCUCUUCCUCAAUCUCCCCGGGCAACCAAACAGCCCGACCUGCAGGCGCAGAAACCUUCACAAUCUCCCGAAGGCCCUGGAUAUCAGAUUCCAUCUAUCGACGUCUCCGUGAAGAUUGAUAGCCCACACUCGCCAUAUGGUUUUAAUAAGACUAUAUAUCAAGGCCUUGUUUCGGAAAAUUAUCCUGGCCUUCUUCUACCACCGAAUGCGUUGCCAUCUAUCGAAGUUAAGGUUGCAUCCUCCCGACUUCGCCCGUCUAGAAACAGCUACGUCGGCGGUAGACCAGAAGAAGAACCCGUCUUCAUCCUCAGUGUAUUCUCCCGCUACGAUGGAGCGGAGUUAUGGCGUGUAGAGAAGGCGAUUUUGGCCCUUCCACAACUUGACCAGCAAGUCCGUCAAUCAUGCGACUUUUCCGGGAAAUUACCAGACCGCGCAAUAUUCAGUGGCCACUCUCCAGCCAAGAUUGAUGCCAGAAGGGAAGCUUUGAAUUUGUAUUUUGAAACUCUUCUGGAUACUCCGAUGACAGAGCCUACAGCUUUGGUCAUUUGUCGCUUCUUGAGCUCCGAUGCAAUUGAGCCACGCGAUGAUGAGACUGUUUUGAUGAAAGCCAAUGGCAAGUCCACACCGGAACUCGUUCGUGGUCCUGACGGCAGACCACGAAAGGAGGGUUAUCUGACGAAGAGGGGUAAGAAUUUCGGCGGGUGGAAAUCCAGGUACUUUGUGCUACAUGGCCCUGAGCUCAAGUACUUUGAGGGUCCUGGCGGUGCGCAUUUGGGCACAAUCAAGAUACCCAAUGCACAGAUAGGCAAGCAGUCUCAGAACGGACAUAAUCAAUCUCCGUCCCGAGCCGACGAUGACUCUGACAAUCAGUACCGCCACGCUUUUCUCAUUUUGGAACCCAAGAAGAAGGACACCUCAGCCCUUGUGCGACAUGUUCUAUGUGCUGAAAGUGACGCGGAGAGAGAUUCUUGGGUUGAUGCAUUACUGCAUUACGUUGAGAUUCCAUCAUCGGGGGAUGAGAAAACGAAGGCGAAGUCCUCGAAUAGCUCCACAAAACAUUCAGCUACGUCAAACACCAAGACUCGAAAAUACCCUGCGGGUAAUAAAAAGGGACACAAGGGCACAGAGAGUCCCGACAUGGAUGUACAGGACUCUGUGCAGAGUUUCAAAUAUGAUGAUGCCGUUCCUGCUGCACCUCCCGUCUUUGGAACAAAGGUGGACGAAGGUAGCAGAGGAUCUCCCACAUCAAACGAUCAUGUUAUUUCUGAUGCUGCCAAUGCGGGAAAUAACAACUCCAAAAUUAUCUCCGGCCCAACUAAUGGAGUUGUAAUCCAGGAUGUAGGGGCAUGGGGCAACAAGGCCGCAACUUCAGUAAAAGAAAAGAAGCGAAGCAUCUGGGGCUUUCGAGGACAUUCAUCCUCGGACUUGGCUCAGGGUGGAGAAUCUGAGUCUCAUCACAAAUCCUCAACAGAAAGGAGAGGCUCGGUUCGACCAGUAUUCGGGAUGCCUUUGGCAGAAGCAGUACAGUACUGUGGACCUAGAAACAUUGAUGCGGAUCUGCCUGCUGUAGUGUAUCGCUGCCUUGAGUACUUGCAAGCAAAGAAUGCUGCUUCGGAAGAAGGGAUUUUCAGGCUGAGUGGCUCGAAUGUUGUGAUCAAGGCACUUAAGGAACGGUUCAACACUGAAGGAGAUGUGGACUUUUUGGAAGGUGACCAUUACUACGACGUCCAUGCAGUGGCUUCACUAUUCAAACAAUACCUCCGCGAACUACCAACCACUGUCUUAACGCUCGAGCUUCAGUCUGAAUUCAGACGGGUACCUGAAUUGGAUGAUCAUGACCGGAAGAUCGCUGCUCUCAAUGCAUUAGUGCAUAUGCUUCCCAAACCCAACUUAACCCUUCUAAUGGCCAUUUCUCAAUAUCUCAUUACCAUCAUCAACAAUUCCGACGUGAACAAGAUGACAGUUCGCAAUGUCGGUAUCGUCUUCGCACCAACGUUGAACAUGCCUGCGCCCGUCUUCUCCCUAUUCCUCACAGAGUAUGAUAGCAUCUUCACUGAUGCACCGCAUCAACUUAACCAUGUGGAAGCUCAGGCGGCCCCAGCUUCUUUAAUACCGGAGGACGUUCGUUCUCCGCGACGUCAAAUGUUCUCGGAACUUCCAACGCCAUCGUACGGCCAGACAUCGUUUUACGUACCAGAUGAUGCCGAUCACCAUCAGUCUCAAGAUGCAAUUAGAGCGAACUACGACACUGGGUUCAUUCCCAUGAUUCCGUCAUAUGAUGGAGGCCAACGAGGCGUUGAUCCUCGUUCACGUCAAUCUUCUAAUCCGCACCGUAUGACUCGUAUGUUGGAUCCGAAUGAGAACAUGAGGUCUACCAAAGCAAAACGCAGAGAGAGUUCUAUGCUUUUCAUGGACAUGGGCCACUACAAAAAUCCUUUGCCUCGAAUGGGAGAAGAUCAAAAUCUCGUUACACACGAAUCCGCCUUUGAAUAAUGAUUUUCUGUUCUUCGUUUCUCAAUACUCCCAUCUAUUCCUUAACCUUCUACGCCAUUUACCAUUUACCAUUUAUGUGAUGAAUGUCACGAAAUCAUACAUGACAUGCUAAUAUCUGCCUUUUCUUACCUUCUCAUGGCUUGAUCUCAUUCACUGGUUAACAAGGCCAACUGUUUCAAUUGUUUGCAAAGAAAAGGACAAUGUAUGGUCUUGACGGCUUACUUCGGCCCUCUUCGCACUCAAUCAGCGUUGAAAUCGGAGCGUUUAACUAUCGAUUGCUUUAAGUUGUUAUAUUUAUACCCUUUCUCUAUUGAAUUUCAGCACUUGUGUGCUGUUGACAGUCUGACUUUGGCGCGAGUCAUUUGAUAAAAAAUACAAUCAUUACUUUAUUUUCAUCCAUAUUGUGGUCCGUGACUUGGUCGUGAAAUAGUUCAUCAUAUUUUUGCAAAUCACUGAUAUAUUCUAUAUUACAGGAACCUCCUUGUCCGAUCUCCCUGGUAAAACCCUAAUAGUUCACCGGUUUCCGAAGCCCAUUCUCUAACAUUAUCCACCAGCGCUUUUGCAAGUCCAACAUUCUUAAUCUUACCACCUUCGGGCAGGGAGGUAGAAGCAGAAGUCGUGGUGGCAUAUUCCGAUCCAAUACUUGGAAGAACGUUAUCACUAGCACUCAGACUAACGAACAGUGCAAAUGGAACCAGCCACACACACAGUCCGAAGUAAGAAGCUACUUCAGUGAAAGUAGGCAUAUUCUCAUAGUCCGGCUGGUACGGUCGACGCCAUGAGGUCGCAUCGCGCGAGGAAGAAGAGGGAACAGGCGGUCUCGAGAAAUGGCGGAACCAAACCCAAUGAUUCAGACAAACCAGUAAACAUGACAGAAUGAAUAGCGGAUCGGACAGCUUCACGAUGGGGAAUUUCCGAAGGUUACUUGCAUAAACAAGAUGGGAG